AAAAAGCGGUCACUUGAGGAAAUACAUCUGAUUUUAUAGGAGUGUGUGUUCUCAAUAAGAAAAUAGCGCAUUCUCCCAUACACACAUACACAUGCAUAUACACACACGUAUACUGAUACAUACAUUUCCACACACACACACUGCGGAGAUUCUCGGCGUUUCUGCGCUGUUUUAUCGGAUUAAAGUGCGGAUUUAGUGAAACGUUAAUCUCGGUUCUAGACUGUACUGUGUGUUUGCCUGCUGAGCAGCUGCUGUUCUGCGCUGGUUCCUGUAGUGGUUUAAUCUCCACACAGCCCCGGCAGGUCGGCUGAGUCACUACAGUGUUAAUAACGGUGUUCACAUCUAUACUCCACCUCUGUCCUCCAACAUGGCUCCUAAUCCAGAGCUAUCCUACCUGGACCGGGUCAUCAUGGAGAUCAUAGAGACGGAACGCCUGUAUGUCCAAGAUCUGCACAGCAUCGUGGAGGGAUACCUUGCCCACAUUAUAGACACUGCGGAUUUACCCAUCAUACCUGAACAGGUGUGUGCUCUGUUCGGAAACAUUGAGGACAUCUACGAGUUCAACAGUGAGCUGCUGCAGGAGUUGGAUUUGUGUAAAAAUGACCCGGUUGCCAUCGCCAGGUGUUUUGUACUGAAGAGUGAUUACUUUGAGAUCUACACACAGUACUGCACCAACUACCCAAACUCGGUGGCUGCGCUAACAGAAUGUAUGAGAAAUAAAACACUGCUGAAGUUUUUCAUGGAGAGACAGGAAGCUCUGAAACACCCACUUCCUCUCGGCUCAUAUCUUCUCAAACCUGUACAAAGAAUACUGAAAUAUCAUCUGCUCUUACAGGAGAUAGCGAAGCACUUUGAUCCUGAUGAAGAUGGUUAUGAUGUGGUGGAGGAGGCCAUUAAAACCAUGACUGAAGUAGCCUGGUACAUAAACACCAUGAAAAGAAAACAUGAACAUGCAGUCCGUCUACAGGAAGUGCAGUCGUUGCUGAUUAACUGGCGUGGUCCUGACUUAACCACGUAUGGUGAACUCGUUCUGGAGGGAACCUUCCGCUUUCAUCACACAAAAAACAACAGAACCCUCUUCCUGUUUGAGCGGGUUCUACUCAUCACCAAACGACGUAGUGAGAACUUCAUCUACAAAACACACAUCUCUUGUUCAACACUGAUGCUUAUGGAGGGAGCAAAGGACUCGCUGUGUUUCAGCGUUACACACUACAAGCAUCCUAAACAACCUCACACAGUGCAGGCCAGAACAAUGGAGGAGAAGAAACUCUGGACUCAUCACAUCAAACGACUCAUUUUAGAAAAUCAUCACACAAUCAUUCCACAGAAGGCUAAAGAGGUGAUUUUAGAAAUGGAUCCAAUGUAUCAGAAGUACAGAUUUAACUGUGAGAGGAAAAAGAAAACACAGUCUGAUGAUUUCACAGACACUCGUCAGUCAGAAUUAACCAAACAGAUGCUGAAAAACAACAAAGCCAUACUUAAGGAUGAAGAGUGGCAAGGACACAGAGAGACACAACUGUCACAGCAGGAGGAGGGACAGGUGUGUGAGGAUCCAAACACAAAUAAGGCUUCACCCAGCCUAUUACAGUUCCAGAAUAACACAACAGAACUUGGAUCUGCAAAGGGAUUACAAUCCAUGUCUGAUUGUGAAGAAGCCGAAUUCAGGCACAGUGUUUAUCAUGCAAGCACUGUGGAGGGAACUGACCGAUAUGAGGUAAAAGCAGAAAUUGGGCUGAAUCAGGAUGGACAGUCAUCAGAAGAGGAAGUGGAGGGGGACUGUGCAGAAAGUGAGAAUCACUCCAUCCUUCCAUCGUCUGUUCUCAGUAAAGCAAGUGUCAUUGCUGAACAUUUUAUUGCUAAUGCUCGCCGCAGUAGUGCAGCACCAGAUGAGCUUCGGUCUCCUCAGCGAAUUCAACAGGAAGUAACAUCAAGCAAAAUUGCAACUGCUAAUUUUAACCCCCUGUCCCCAAGAGAGGAGAUGGUGUCUGGAUCAGAUCGACAUGUCUGUAGAAGGAGAGAUUCAAUUUUGUCCAAACAGGAACAGCUGCUCAUUGAUAAGGUCAGGAACUACUAUGAAAAUGCUGAGCAACAGGAUGCAGGUUUCAGCUUGAAGCGCAGAGAAAGUCUGACGUACAUCCCGAGUGGGUUAGUGCGGACUUCUGUCAGCCACUUUAACAAAAUCCCUCAUGCUGACCAUCGGAUUAAACCUCCAAACACAGAAACAUCGUUAGUGACAUCAUCACCUGCUAGUUCUGAUAUCGACACUAAACCUGAUGAUAAACUCGGAGACCUGUUCAGCACAGAGGUUGAUUACUCUGUGAGCCACAAAUCGGAAGAUUUUUCAGAGGAAUGUUUCCGUUCAUCAGCAGAAAUGAUUAAAAUUUGGCAGGAAAUGGAGAAAGAGGUCGACAGCUCACUGAGAGAAAAUAAGUUCAGAGCUAUGUCACAAUUCAGAGGACCAAGUUCAGUUAUCCAAAGUUUCAGUAGAAACACAGAAGAUCAAGUUAAACAACAAGAACUGAUGGCCACUGACGAUCUCGGCAUUAUUACAGAGGAAUCGCCAGUCAAGGGUAAAGAAGAUGAAAACGAAAGAGAGUCAACAGAAAAUGCAGUCUUAAGUCUGACGAAGACGUUCAGCCAGCAUAUACAGAGCAGAGAAACUUUGAACCAGUCGAGGAGGCGGGCCUCAGAGACGACCGUAAACACAGUUAAUAAAAUAAAUAUACCAUCACUGACUGACAAAGAGACCAAGAAAACCCUCAAAGGAAAACCAGACCUAGCACUGUCAUUAUCAGCAUGUGUUCAGACAACACAAAAUGCACAACAGACACACAAUACUGUGACCGUUUUAUCUCCAGAAUGUUCACACUUGAAAAGCCCCAUGCCAUUUGAGGGUUUUCCUUGGCCAGAUGUAAGGGAGCUGCGUUCCAGAUACAGUUCUCUGGAGUGUGCACCUCUCACACCGCUCACUUCUGCUGCAAAUACACUCAGUCCAGACUGUGACAUGGACAAAAAUGUAUCUCGGAUUCAGCGAGCUGGGUCUCUGGAUCAGAAACUGGUUGGCUUUGACUGGACUAAUUUACAGAAAAAGAAGGUGAAUAGUGACUACUGCAUAUCAGCGCAGGCAAAAUUACCCUAUAACAGGACUGUUACUGUGCUGGAAAAAGUCAACAAGACACAUACACACACCAGCCAAUCACAAAAUUAUAUCCAGAUUCAGUCCCCCACAUCUUGGCAGAAAAUGUCCCUGCUGUCUGUCACCGAGCGCUGCCGAUUGUAUGAGGAUCUGGAUGAGGCAGCGUCCAGGGCGGAGCCAGAAACUAGAAACAAGGACAUUAAAACUGACAAACACAGCAAUGCCGCACAGGAGGGUGUCGUCAAAAACCUUCGGGAAAAAUUUCUCAAUCUGAGAUAGAUAAAGGUUACAUGUAGGGUAAAUUAUAUAGUGCACUAUAUAAUUCCCUAGAUGUAGGGAAGAGAAAGGUGUUUGGGAUAUGCCCUAGCAAUUAAUCAUAUUGUAUAAAUAUCACACAGUGUAGUCGGGCGAUCAGGGCUCUACAGUGUGACCAUUUCACUCGCAUUUGCGGCUGAAAAGUUCUUUGUGCGACUGUGAAAAAAAAUAUUUAGGAGCACCGGUGCGAGUGACCUGUUCGGAGUUGUAUAAUACAAUCGGAAUAAAAAAUAAAACUCAAAAAUUCAUCUGUACCGCACAACGGUUACUUUCACAUUGCUUUUCAUCUCCUCAGUCAACCAAACAAGUGUGUAAAUACUGCAGAGAAGCCAUUAUGAUGACGAGAGUAACUCUAUACAUCAUCUGCUUCUCUCAAACCGCCAUCUUUUAUUGAUCCUGCAAAAUGACCUGCGACCUGUUCGUGUAAAGACAGUGGUAAAUUAAUAAUAAUGUUAACAUUACAAGGUGGGUUUUAAUUCAAACUUCUUUAUGAAAUAAUUCCUCACCAGUCAUAAUCAAGAGUAGCAACUGUUCAGUCUGGAAACAUACAGUACACUGCCGCUCUCCUUCGCUCUCUUCAUUAACUCAUCCCAGCUCAGGUGCACAGCGCAUUCAUUUCAUUUAAACUCUCAGUUGCUAGAUAUCACUACAAAAGUCAACUCCAGUUUCCAUGUUUUGAUUUAAUCCCCCCAAAUAACUUAAUAUUAUCAGCAGACAUGGCAACACUGUACUGGGGGAACCAAUCUAAAAGGAACAACUAAUAAACAACCAAAAAAACUAAUAAAAUGUAAAGAGAGAAAAUGUGCUUAGUUAUAAAUAAAUAAUUUAAGAUAAAAAAUACAUAUAAUAAUAACUUCAUAAAAUAUAAAUAAAAUGAGAAAUUAAAUGAUUUUUAAUUACUAUGUGUUGCAUUUAAUAUCAAUUUGACAUUAAGCUUAGUGCACUAGUUCCUUAGAAGGCUAUUAGCCUUUUUGCUAAUAUGGAUCAUGUUUGUGUUAGUCUACUUUUAAUUAGGACUCUUUAUUAUUUCAAACAUUUUAAAAUAAAUAUUUUAUGCUGUUUAUUUAUCAUUUAACCAACAGUGUCUCAUUGCUAUUACUUUAAUUCAAUUAACAGUGACAAUGAGCAGAGAGCUUACAUUUAACUGUUUAUGACAGACCUCCUGAUUAAAGUUUAAACAAAAAAAGAUUGGUAUCUGGAUCGGUAUCAAUCAUAAAAAUCCUGAUCGGAGCGUCCCUAAUGAACACCAUUAGACUAAAGUGCUGUGCAUCUUACGGGUAAAUGAACUCGCCCAAUCACAUCCUUUAUGAGAUUAUUCAGAUAUAUACACAAUAUACACAGAGCAGUUCGAGAACUGACUCCAGCCCAGAACCAUGACAGUGGAAAAUGUCUAAUAGUGCAGCUUUAAAUAUAUUUAAGAGGAGCAGACUUCAAACACUGACCAUUGAGGUUUAUUGUAUUUGUUUACAAGGUGGAACAGGUUAACCGUUGUUGUUUUGCAUACAGUCUGUAAAAUUAACUGAAAAUAUUAAAUUUAGUUUAUCAGAAGGUAAAUUAAUGUCAUGGCUCACACUGUGUUCCUACAUUCUGUCAUAAUUGACCAGCUCAUGUUUUCUCAUGCCUACUUGUGUGUUAUAUUGUGGCAUUUUAACGUUAUCGUCUCUUUAAAAAAAAAAAAAAAAAAAAAAAAAAAACUACAAAAGUGCUCAUAAAUUUUUGUAAUUAGGAGCACAAGUGCUCCUAAAAUAAAUUGUUACCGUAGAGCCCUGGCGAUAGAUUAACAGAAAACCAAUAUAAUGUGUGUCAGUGAGUGAUCAAGCCUCUGGAACAGCUUCAAAUCUACUUGGUGCACAUUCUACACAUCAGGAACUAUACUGGAAUGAUGGCAAUUUUUUUUCUAAAACAGGAAUCAUCUAUCUGCAAACAUCUGGUGUGGCCACAGGCUUUCAUUCCAGCCAGAAAGAAGGCCCACUUCAUAGUUGAUUGGAGACCAAGAUGAACUAAUUAAACAAAUUCACUCAGGUUUGACUCCUGCUUGAUUGGAAGGAAAGCCUACAGACACACUGGCCCUUUGUGGAUAAGAUUGAUAUGAAGACCCCUUGUUCUAAAACAUCUUCCCCAAGUUGGUGUUGUGAUGAUUGAGGUGGAGAGAGCUGUCUUAACACAUUGCUCAGGUAUUCAGUUGGACUGAGAUGUGGUGAGUGUGAAGGCUGUCGCAUGCGAUUUUUUACAUGAUUUUUUAUCCUCAUCAAACCAUUCAGUGAGCCUUUGUGCCCUGUGGAUGGGAGAAGAGUCAUCCUGGAAGAGACUAUGCUCAUCAGGAUAGAAAUGUUUCAUCAUUAGAUAAAGGGGAAGGUAGAAGUGCUGCAGGAGUGAUCUGCAGGUCGCUUCACUAUGAGGGGAUGAGUGGAAACAAGCCAUAGCAGUGGCUUAAUUAAACAUAAUUGUGACUUCAAUUCAAUCAGAUUUUCUCCUUUCUCUCUUUAAUAAUGCAAAUGAAUGUUAACUGAGUUGGAUUAAAAAAAAAAUAAUGAUUAACCUUUAAUGAAAAUAAUGCACUGUAACAUGAGAAUUAAGAUCAUGGUAGUUUUAUAUGAUAAAAUAUAAGGAAUUAAUGUGUAUUUUUUGUUCAAGUUUUAAUUUUGUGUGUGUGUGUGUGUGUGUGUGUGUGUGUGUGUGUGUGUGUGUGCGUUUACACUCCAAACAUGACUGUUUUAUUUUCUUCUAUUUUUUUUUUUGAUUUUACCAUUGUUUAAUACAUCAGACUUUUUAUCUAUCACUCGCUGCAGAAAAAAAAAUCAAUUUAUGUUUUUUUUUUUUGCUUUCCAUAUACAACCAUGCCACCAAACUUUCACCUAAAAAUCUGCUUUAUACCAGCUGUUAUUUUAUUCAAAUGUUUUUUAUUUUAUCUUGGUUGUAAACUGUAAAGAAUAAAUCUGAUUUUAAAUCUCAUAGAAAAACAGUAAGUAAACUUUAUAAAAAUGUAUUAGCAUAAAAUGUUCAUUUCCUUUAUAUUGUGAUUUCCACUCAUUACUCAUUUAUAAUAAUUUAUCUGAUAUUUAUUAAGAUCCUGAAGAUGAUCGUGUUCUUUACGUAUACAAAUCAAUUAUACAUAUAAGAAAUUAGUGUGUUUGGUAUGUCUGUAAUUUGUCUCUAAAAAUGUCUACUUUCCUUCAUUAAUGUUGAUAUAAAAAACACAGUGUACAGCAGUGGCUAUCAAUCUUAUCCACAAAGGGCUGGUGUGGCUGCAGGUUUUCAAUCCAACCAAUCAGGUGUGGCUUCAGAUAACACUUUUCUGUUGCACCACUCAUGAGCUGUGUUCUGGAAAAAAUUAACCUGGACCUUUCUGGAACGUUAUUACUGUUUUCUUAAAUGUUUACUUAAAAAAAAUACUGUAUCAAAACUCCAUGGUGGGGGUCUAGCAGGAGCCACGCCUGUGGGGAAAAAUUAAUGGAUUAUUCAGGGGAUCAUGAGAUUGAAUCUCUUAGUUUUGGAAAAAGUGGCUUAAUAUAAACCAACUCAAAGAGGGAUAUAAGAUUUCCUUAUAACAACAAAAAAAAAAUGUAUUGGAGACUUUGCAAAACUGCCAUAUAAAGUACACUAGGUUCUUUUUUGUAUGAAUUCUGUCUUGACUGUUCCUGUCGAGUAUAUUUUGGUGCUUUUUAAUAAUAAUGAUGUAAGAAAUGCAUAGUCUGGAUCAGCUAAGCUAAGGAAUUAUUACAGCGUAUUGCUGAGAACUAUACUAUGUUUUACUGUAUAUUUAAAUUUUAUCAUGUAUUGUACAAUGUUUGUUAGCAGGUUUGCCUCACACCUCCAGGGUCUGGGGUUCGAGUCCCCCGGGGCCGCGUGUGCGGAGUUUGCAUGUUCUCCCCGUGCUGCAGGGGUUUCCUCCGGGUACUCCGGUUUCCUCCCCGAGUCCAAAGACAUGCAUGGUAGCCUGAUUGGCAUGUCUAAAUUGUCCGUAGUGUAUGAAUGGGUGUGAGAGUGUGUAUGUGAUUGUGCCCUGCGAUGGACUGGCACCCUGUCCAGGGUGUACCCCGCCUUGUGCCCCAUGCUCCCUGGGAUAGGCUCAAGGUUCCCCGUGACCCUGAAAAGGAGUAAGCGGUAGAAGAUGGAUGGAUGGAUGGAUGGAUGGAUGUACAAUGUUUUGUACAGAAGCACGGUGUAAAGUCUUUUAACAAUGGACUUUGUAACUAAGCAUUUUUACAGAAAUAUAUCAAUUUUUAAUUCAUAAAUUUACCCAUAAUCAGCAACCCAGAGGUGAUGGUGGCAAGGAAGUAGUAUAGUAUAGUCGGGGAAAUAAGUAUUGGAUGAGUCAACAUUUUUUUCAGUAAAUAUAUUUCCAAUGAGGUUAUUCAAAUGAAAUAUUCAACAGACAUCAGUAUUAACUCAAGAAAUCUGGAAAUAUAAAGAAUUCACAACAUUAAAGUCCAUAAAUAAAGUUACUGUAUGUGUAAUAAAGAGGAGUGACACGGGAGACAAAAGUAUUGAACAUGCAAAGAAAAAGCAAGCUUAUCUCAGUGGUUGUUUUUUUCUUGCACAUUUUAUGUGUUUCUAGCAUUUUUUGCCUGUUUUAGAUCUGCUUUGUUUGAAAAACCUCAUACCUGAAAAACCUGUGAUAAAGGAUUUCCACCAA